AAAAAGUCUUGAAAUCGUGCCACAACAGGGGGAUUGUUAUAAAUACGUAUCUUUUUGUGCUCAUAUAUAAUGACAUCGAUACUCCUCCCUUUCAUCCGGUUCAAAAAUAGAAACCAAGAGACAUGAGUUUUCUUUCCCAUCUAAUGCCUCAGGCCACCUUAUUAUUUGUCCCUGCAACGUACUUGAUCAUAUGCAUGUUUCUUGGAGUAGAGUCUGCCACUUUGAGUCUUGUUACAGAUAAGGAAGCUUUGAUCUCAUUCAAGUCUGUAAUAAGUGAAGAUCCUUCAAACCACCUCUCCUCUUGGGACAAAGACACAUCCCCAUGCAAUUGGACUGGAGUUGUCUGCAACAAGUCUGGCCAGAGAGUGGUUGGCCUUGAUCUUUCUGGUUCUAGACUUGUAGGGUCAAUUAGCCCUCAUAUUGGCAAUCUCUCCUUCAUCCAGUCCCUUCAACUCCAAGAUAACCAACUUACAGGGAUGCUUCCUGAUCAGAUUGGCAAUCUCUUUCGUUUGGAAGUUCUGAACAUCAGCUUUAACAACAGAAUAGAAGGUGUGCUCCCCUCAAAUAUAAGCCAAUGGACUCAGCUCAAGAUCCUGGACUUGACUGAAAACAAUAUUGAAGGAAGAAUUCCUGAAGAGCUUAGCUACUUGAGGAAGCUCGAAGUCUUGAAGUUGGGGAAAAACCAACUUUCUGGUGCAAUUCCGCCUUCAAUAGGUAACCUUUCCUCACUCUUCAACCUAAAUUUAGGAACCAACAAUCUCAGUGGCAUAAUACCUAGUGAAUUGGGAAGCCUUCAAAAUUUGAAGGAACUUGAUCUCGCCAUCAACAAUUUGUCUGGAAUCAUUCCUCCAUCACUAUACAACAUAUCCUCCCUAGUUUCCUUCAUCGUAGCUUCAAACCAAUUAUGGGGUGAAAUUCCGGGAGAUGUUGGGAUUAAGCUCCCAAAUCUUUUAGAUUUCAAUUUUUGCAUCAAUAAAUUCACCGGAAAGAUUCCAUGGUCUUUGCACAAUCUCACAAAAAUACAGAACAUCCGCAUGGCGCACAACCUUCUCGAAGGAACAAUACCACCAGGACUUGAAAAUCUCCCAGCUCUUCGAAUGUAUAAUAUUGGUUUCAAUAGGAUUAAAUUGGGGAAAGAUGGCCUCAAAUUCAUUGCUUCUUUCACAAAUAGCACUUUCCUUAACUUCCUUGCAAUUGAUGGCAACCAUUUUGAGGGCGAGAUUCCAGAAUCAAUAGGCAAUCUUUCUAAAGUUCUGUCGAAGUUAUACAUGGGAGGGAAUCGUAUUUAUGGUAACAUUCCCACGUCCAUCACUCGUCUUACCGGCCUGAACUUACUAAACUUAACCGACAAUUUGAUUUCAGGUGAAAUCCCACCUGAAAUAGGCCUAUUAGAGGAACUGAAGGAGUUGGGUUUGGCCAAAAAUCAAUUUUCUGGCAGCAUUCCAGAUUCCUUAGGUGAUCUCCAAAAGUUAAAUCAUAUUGAUUUAUCUGGAAAUAGUUUGCAGGGCAAAAUCCCAAAAACUUUUGGGAAUUUCAAGAGUCUUCUUUCCAUGGAUUUAUCCAAUAACAAGUUAAACGGCAGCAUAUCUAUUGAGACUCUGAGUCUCCCACGUCUGAACUCUGUUUUGAAUCUGUCUAAGAAUUUUCUAAGCGGGCCCCUGCCUCAAGAAAUUUCUCGUCUACAAAGUGUUGCUACCAUUGAUGUCUCUGACAACAAUUUGUCCGGUAAUAUCCCCAGCUCAAUCAGUGGAUGCAAGAGCUUGGAGAAAUUGUUCAUGGCCAGGAAUAUGCUUUCAGGACCGAUACCGAAUACCAUAAAUGAUUUGAAAGGUCUGGACACUCUAGAUCUCUCCUCCAAUCAACUUUCUGGCCCCAUUCCUGCUGAACUCCAAGAGCUACAAGCCCUUCAGUCCUUGAACCUAUCUUUCAACAAUUUGGAAGGGGAAGUUCCAAGCGAAGGAGUUUUUAAAAAUCUCUCUCAAGUCCAUUUGGAAGGCAAUCCAAAGCUUUGUCCGCAGUUUGGUUGUGCAGGGCGCGGAAGAAAGAUUGCCAAAGUUCUUGUCAUCGCAAUUAUCCCAGUAUCAUUGUUCAUAUGCAUUAUACUUGUCAUAUUGUUCUACUUCUACAUAAAGAAAAGUAAAUCAAAAGUCACAAAAACUUCUGAUGUGCAAAAUCAUCAACAUCAACUGGUCUCGUACAAUGAACUCCGGUUGGCGACCGGAAACUUCAACCAAGAAAACUUUAUUGGGAAAGGGGGCUACGGAUCAGUGUACAAAGGCUACCUAAGCCAACGAACUCUCGUUGCAAUCAAGGUCCUUGAUAGUGAGAGGAAGAGCUCUUGGAAGAGUUUUUUGGCAGAGUGCGAAGCUUUGAGGAAUGUUAGGCAUCGAAAUCUUGUUCGGCUGAUCACAUCCUGCUCUAGCAUAGACUUCAAGAACAUGGAAUUUCUGGCUUUGGUGUAUGAAUUUCUGGGUAAUGGCAGCUUAGAAGACUGGCUUAAGGGGAAGAAGAAACAUGCAAAUGGGGAUGCGUUGAACGUCGUGGAGAGGUUGAAUGUAGCCGUUGACAUAGCAUAUGCGUUGGAUUAUUUGCACCAUGACUGUGCAGUUCCGGUGGUGCAUUGUGAUUUGAAGCCCAGCAACAUUCUUUUAAGUGAAGACAUGACUGCAAAGGUAGGAGAUUUCGGGCUGGCCACUUUGCUGAUGGAAAGAACCGGCAAUCAAACAUAUAUUAGCUCUACAAAUGUUCUUAAGGGAUCCAUAGGAUACAUACCUCCAGAGUAUGGUUUCGGAGAAAAGCCGUCAACUUCUGGGGAUGUAUACAGCUUUGGGAUAAUGCUGCUUGAGCUCUUCACUGGAAAGAGCCCUACACAUGAAAGCUUCAUGGGAGGCCUAAACUUAACCAGAUGGGUGCAGGAAAGUUUUCCCGUCAACGUGGAACAAGUACUCGACCCAGAGCUGUUAUCAAUGAUGAGUGAGCUCUACCAUGAUGACCAAUCCAUCAGCCCAGAUAAUCAACAUGAAUGCUUGGUCGCAAUCCUUGGGGUUGGGCUAUCUUGCACCGUAGAAUCUCGUGAUGGUCGCAUCAGUAUUAGAGAUGCUCUGCACAAACUAAGAUCUGCAAGGGACACCCUUCUUAAACCAGGACCAAUUGAAAAAAUCGAAAGCACUGAUCACGGGCCGGAAGCAUCAGAGAGUAGACUGUAGUGAUUAUGUGAAAAUUUCAAGUUUGUAAACUUAAAGAGCGUCUAUGUGAUAAUUUCACGUCCUUGAGCACCUCAUGCAAGCUCCCUCUGUAAUUUUUUUCUUUUCUUUUAGUACUGGAUUGUAGUUUCUGUUUUGAUUUAAUGUAAGUCUCAUUAUUUACCUC